GCAAAGCAGAAGAGAGAAUGUAUGUGAUGAAGCAAAAACUCAAAAAGAAAAACAUCUGAAGAGUAAUCACUUCUCCCGCGUAAUCCACUGACAAAAAUCACAUGUUGAUGCAGACAAUUUCAGACCCACCGAUAUUCCCAAUCCCACAUGGACUCUCUCUCUCUCUCUCUCCAAAUUAAGCUAUUAUUGAAAGCAAGAAUUUUGUUAUGAUAAUGAUAAUGAUAAUGGGUUUUGCCAGCAUUGCAGUCUCCUAUAAUUCGUGGAUUUACACAUGGAUGAUGGACCAACAACUAACCCUCUGCCCUCUCUUGUUUAUUCACAAUUCUAGUAUUUCAAUCUCUGCAUAUCAUUCAUUUCUUAUAUUGUUCCUUCUAUCGCUAAAAGAUUUGAUUUUGGGAAUUGGGCUUGCUUUUUCUUUUUGUCCUUUUGAUGAUUCUUGAUGAACUAAGAUUUGAGGAGGUCAAUUGACUCUAGGGAAGAAGUUAUCAUUUAGUUGCUGUAUAAUAGAUUCUUGUGCUGCUUGUAAUAGAUUCUUUUUUCAAGAAUUUUCACAGUUUGAAGUUUUAAGGAUUAGGACAUAUAGAUGGGAAGAAGAAGAAGAAGAAUAGUAGUAGAAGAUAUUUAGAUUGGUGGUGGGGUUGGAAGAAAGGGACUAAAGAUGGCAGCAAAGCUACUACAUUCUUUAGCAGAUGAUAACUUAGAAUUGCAGAAGCAAAUAGGAUGUAUGAAUGGCAUCUAUCAGCUCUUUGAUCGCCAUCACAUCCUCACCAGUGGCAGGCACACCCACAAACCCCUUCAUCAGGAUCAGGACUACAAUCCCCAAAGGGAGGCUAACCAUGAGCACCUGAGAUCUCAAAAUUUUACAGAGAAAAUUGCAGUGAAGAAUGUCCAAGAGAAACAAAGAAUCUCGAAUGCAUCACCGAGGGCUUCCUUCUCCUCGUUGUCCCGUUCAUCCUCUUCCUCAUCCCUGGACUGCAUUAGAGCUUCUCAGAUAGAGUUUUCAUCCUUGGACAGAACAAGGGAGAGCUCGUCCCCUCAGUUUAGUCGACACAUUCGUGAUCUGGUGAAGGAUUCCAUGUACAGGAAGAAUUCUGAAAUCAUGAAUGGUGUUGAUACAAAGCAAGGGAUUGAUGAUGAUGUCAAAGUAUCUGUUAGAGCUGUAGAAGCACCUAGGCAUCACACUGAAGGCAGGCGCCUCGUCAGAUCCUUAUCCUACCACUCAAGAGACGACUAUCCUUCUCUCAUCACUAGAGACGCCCCGCGCUUCUCCUGUGAUGGAAGGGAAGUGAAAUUGGAUCUCUCCAAAUCCACCCUUAAGCUCAAAGACCUCCCACGGCUUUCGCUGGAUGGAAGGCCGACUUCUGUGCAGCAGGAUAGUGGUGGCAAGCUCCAGCAAUCUGCACGGCCACCAAGUGUCGUGGCCAAGCUCAUGGGCCUCGAGACACUGCCUCAUUCCAUUGACAACAACUCUAGUGUAACUAAAAGCUAUCAAGAUAAAGACUUCAUUCAUAAAUCAAGGCCAUUUGCAGAGAGAGAGGCAAACAAGUUGUGGAAAGAACCAAACUCACCACGUUGGAGGAGUCCCGAUUCUUCAAUGAAGCCUCUAUCCCGGUUUCCACUUGAGCCAGCACCAUGGAAGCACACUGAGGGGAGGAGGAGUUCUCAGAAACCACGGCCCAAAACUACGAGGGGUGCAGCAAAGGCCGAGACUGCAUUCCCCUCCGUUUACAGUGAGAUUGAGAAGAGAUUGAAGGAUCUCGAAUUCACACAGUCUGGAAAGGAUCUCAGAGCACUUAAACAGAUUUUGGAAGCAAUGCAGUCUAAAAAGGCUCUGCAAACCCAAAAACAAGACCAUGGGGAGAAACAGUUGAGACCCAAACAAGAGGCAAGAUCAUUAGACCUUCGGAAGCCACACGCUGAGGAGCCUACAAAGAGGGCCACCGUGGCAUCAAGACAUGCUGUGUCUCCUAUAGUGAUCAUGAAACCUGCAAGCUCUAAAUCCAGUCAGCGCGAAAGUGCUGUAACUUGGUCAUCCAAUGUGAAAAACGACACAACUCUAAAGGCUACACAGAUUUCAACAAGAUCACAAAACUUGAUGAAAGAUGGCAAUGCAGGACUGGGGAAGAGCUCAGGGUCCAUCAGUCCUAGAUUGAUACAGAAGAAACUCGAGCUGGAAAAAAGAGCUCGACCACCCACUCCCCCCGAUACAACCAAACUCAGAAGACAGCCGAGCAAGCAGCUAGGUGAGUCAAAUUCUCCUGGUGGAAGACGAAGACCGAAGCAUUCCAACAUUCAGGAAAGUGGUGAGAAACUGGGUGAAAAUGAGAAUAUGGUUCGGUCGAAUGCUUCAUUUCCUCGCACGAGUCCAUCAAGGGAAGAAGCCAUGCUAACUGACUCGAUAACUACUCUGGCCUCGAAUGGAGUAAAGUCGACAGAGUUUGGCAUCGUUCUUAUUGAGCACUCGAGCCCUGUAUCUGUUCUUGACAAUAGAAUUCACGCAGAAGAUUCACCUUCUUCACUGACAUACAAAGUGGAGAAAGAGAAAGACUCAAACAUGGUUCGAGGAAGUUGUGCAGAUAGCAGCAUUCCCAGUUGGAGGGAAUACGGUUUCACGUCAGAAAUGAACCAAAACAAGCUUCAAAACAUCGAAAACUUAGUUGAGAAGCUCAGACGUCUCAACUCCAACCACGACCAAGCAGGCACGGACUACAUAGCCUCCCUGUGUGCAAACACUAGUGAUCCAGACCAGAGAUACAUAUCCGAGAUCCUACUGGCCUCGGGGGUCCUACUCGGCUCAACCCCAACGGACUUCCAGUUCCAUCCAUCGGGCCACCCCAUCAACCCCGAGCUCUUCCUUGUGUUGGAGCAGACAAAGGUGAGCAGCGUGCUCAAGGAGGCAUGCACCACCCCGGACAAGAGGAAGCUUGUGUUUGACACUGUCAAUGAGAUUCUUGGCAGGAAGUUGUUGCCAACCGGGCCCUGGCUGAGACGGCUCAAGCAGAGUAGGACAGCCAUGAACGCGCAGAAGCUGCUCAGAGAGCUGUGCUCGGAGAUUGAGGCACUGCAAGGCAGCAGGUCGGGCGAGGAAGACGAGAGAUGGAAGGGAGUGGUCUGGGGAGAUGUUAUGCAUCAUGAGUCGACAUGCUGGACGGGUUUCGAUGAUGAGAUCUCCGGUGCUGUUCUUGACAUCGAGCGUUCCAUAUUUAAGGAUUUGGUUAAUGAGAUUGUGAUAGGAGAGGCUGCUGCUGCUGCUUCUGGUUUGAAAAUCAAGCCUGCAGGUAGGAGGAGACCCUUUGCAAAGCAGUAAUUUGCACUUGCACUCUUUAUGCUUCCAUUUUUUUUUGGGGUGAUUGGUUUCUUCCUUUUGUCAUUUCCUCACUUGAUUUAAAAUUUACAUUAUUUUUAGUGAGGUGUAUAUAGAAUUUGAAUUCAAAACAAGUUCUGUUUUUUUUAGUGUAUGUUUACAUUAAUGACAUUUCACACAGUUAGCAUUACUAAUAAGUCGUAACGAAAA